AUGCCGCGAUGCCACGGCACCGCGCGCGCCAUCCCAUGCCGCAUCCGCCGACCGAGGAGGCUCGGCCCCGCGCGCGGGGGGAGGCCAGAGCAGCGCAGGGCGUGGCUACAACGAUCACGCGUCCGUGAUUACGGGUGCGUCGGAGCUGUAGCGGUGGCUACCAAACCAAAAAUAAGAAUAAUAAUCUCCAUAGGCUUCUUUGGCAGCCAGGAUAGCCGUUCGAGGUAUCAAGGGACGCCACAAUCAGAUAUCCCUGAAGUGUUGGGCACAGCCUUUGCAUUCAAUAUACUGCUCAAGAUUCCAGUGUGGGCUGGAGUUAUCCUCACAGUAUUCAGCACCCUCUUGCUCCUUGGGGUACAGAGAUUCGGGGCCCGCAAACUGGAGUUCAUUAUAGCUGCUUUCAUGUUUACCAUGGCGGCUUGCUUCUUCGGAGAGUUGAGCUACCUGAGGCCAUCAGCAAAAGAGGUCGUCAAGGGCAAGUUUGUUCCCUCGCUCCAGGGAAAGGAUGCUGCUGCUAACGCAAUUGCGCUCUUUGGCGCUAUCAUCACACCGUACAACUUGUUCUUGCACUCUGCCCUCGUCCUCUCAAGAAAGACCCCACGUUCAGAUAAAAGCAUCAGAGCUGCUUGCAGAUACUUCCUUAUCGAGUAUAGCCUCGCGUUCAUAGUGGCACUCCUCAUCAAUGUUUCGGUGGUUGUUGUUGCGGGAACCAUCUGCAAUGCAAACAAUCUUUCUCCAGCCGAUGCAAAUACGUGCAGUGACCUUACUCCGCAGUCCACACCUAUGUUGCUCAGGAAUGUUUUGGGGAGAUCAAGCUCAGUGGUGUAUGCUGUUGCACUGCUAGCUUCUGGGCAGAGCACAACGAUUAACUGCACAUUUGCAGGGCAGGUUAUCAUGCAGGGGUUUCUGGACAUGAAGAUGAAGAACUGGGUUCGGAACCUCAUCACACGAGUCAUCGCCAUUGGUCCGAGCCUCAUUGUCUCCAUUGUCAGCGGUCCAUCAGGUGCUGGCAAGCUGAUCAUCAUCUCAUAGAUGGUGCUGUCGUUUGAGAUGCCGUUCGCGCUCAUCCCUCUCCUCAAGUUCUGCAACAGCAGCAAGAAAGUUGGACCCCUCAAGGAAUCCAUCUACACGGUGGUGAUUGCGUGGAUCCUGAGCUUCGCGCUCAUCGUGGUCAACACCUACUUCCUGGUGUGGACCUACGUGGACUGGCUGGUGCACAACCACCUCCCCAAGUACGCCAACGCGCUCGUCUCCAUCGUUGUCUUCUCGCUCAUGGCCGCCUACCUGGUCUUCGUCGUCUACCUGACGUUCAGGAGGGACACGGUGUCCACGUACGUGCCCGUGUCGGAGCGCGCACAGGGCCAGGUGGAGGCCGGCGGGGCGCAGGCCGUGGCGUCCGCCGCCGACGCCGAUCAGCCGGCGCCGUUCAGGAAGGACCUGGCUGACGAUUCCAUGUAGAUGCCUCAUGCAUGUAGUGAUUGUCUGAUUGAUGAUGCCCAGCUCCAUGUACUAGAUGUUAUGGCUGAUAUGUGAUUUGUCGAUUGCUUCUACAGAGCUGGCUGUCUAGCUUGUGCGGGUGCGGUUGAUUAGUUUACUGACUGGGUUCUUACCUCCAAUGGUAGAGUAUU